AUGAUUCAGUAUCUGCGUUUGAAACCAUCCAAGGACUUAGCAAGUUUAAAGCAUGAAAUCAAACUUUUAAAACAAUUACUUGAAAAGCAAAUAAAAACAGUUUAUUUUCUAUAUAAAAUAGGCUUGAGAAAUUUAAACAAAGUUUUAAGACUAAUAUUUUAUCAAAGAUCAAUAGCAUUUGCUUUUUUAUUCCCAUAUUUAUGUGAAGUUUUACCAAAAACUUUUAAAGCUGUUGUUAAAAGUAUACUUGACCUAAAAUUCAAUGAUUUACCUGGAAAGAUCUUGGAGAUCUUGAAAGAUCCAUUAGAAUCAGACAGAUUGCCUAUAUUUAUGAUCAAAUUGAUUGCAACCUUAAAUGCUUUAAAUCCAUUACUACUAAAAGCAUUACUACCUUAUGUCAAAGGUAAGCAUAUCCAAUUUGUAUCAACAUUUUUAGCUGGGGUUAUUGCUUCAUUAUUAAAUUUCCCAUUUUUCCAAGAUGUAAAAAUUUCACAAGAUAGGUUUUAUACCUUUGAUUGGACUUUAAUUUUAAUUGUGAAAGCCUUUGAUACAGUUGUAACUUCACUAGCUUCUAGAGAUUCUACAUAUUUUCCUAUACCAAGUGAAUAUAUGGAUGUUUUACUAGCGAUAGUAAGUUCUUAUCUUAUUACCAAUUCUUGGUAUUUCCAUCCAGAGAAAUUAAACCCUAGUUAUGUAAGUUGGGUCAACAAAAUGUCCGUUGUCGAUAGAGAAGUAGUUGAAGGUAUGAGAUAUUUAAAUGAUGGAAGUUUGCAAUAUAACCCACAAGAUUCAGAGAAGGGUUCACCGUGUCAUCAAGAUCAUUUUAUAAAUUAUGCAAUAAAGAACAAUAAAAAUCCAGAACUAGGUGACUUAAGUAAACACGAAAAAUUGCCUUGCGAGGUACUACAUCAAUUUAGAACCAAAAGUUGUAGAAAAAAUGCAAUGAUAGCAUUUGUCAAACAAUUUAAAAGAACAUUCAAAUUUUACGCAUACAUUAACUUGUUCAUGUAUAUAGUUGUCAAAAGAUUUAGAGGAAAUAUCAUAAACAUACUCAAAAAGACCAUAAGGUCAUCAUUAUUCAUCAGUUCAUUAACCACUAUACAAUGGUGUUUCAUAUGUUUCAUUAGGAAUAAUCAUCCAAUCUGGAAAAAUCAGAAAUUUUGGGACAUUUUCUCAGCUAAAAUUGGUGCAGCAUUUGCAGGAUUUGGUAUAUUAUUUGAGUAUCCUCAAAGAAGAAAUGAUUUAUUAAUCUUUGUUACUCCAAAAGCUUUAGGAACAUUCUUUAAUAUGGAACCAACAACAUUAAAUAAAACUUUGGAAGUAAUUGGAUUUAGCUUGAGUUUUGCUACUUUAGUUGCAUUUGCGAGACUGAAUCCUAAAAGAUUAAGGGGUUUAGUGGGUAAAGGUUUGAGUUAUAUGGUUAAAUAA